AUGCACGCAGAUCGACUGGAGCCAGCCAUCGCCCGCCAACGCGAGCGCGCGGUCGAGGACAGGCAGCAGCAGAUCACUGCAAGCCAGGAGAUCUAUCGCCGGCUUCUCAGUGAGGUCUCCUGGGCCAUCCAGAGCAUCCGUCAACUGGGCGAGCUCGGUGGCGGGCUUGCCCCCCCAGCCCAACCUCCGAUCUCGUCUGAGCAAGAGGCUCGCCUACGUGAAUUCGUCGAGAAGAUCACUACGGGCGGACACUCCCCUCAUGACCUCGAUCUCGUCUCCUUACAGGAUGCCACUCCUCCGGACCAGGCCGACGUCUCACAGCCCAGACAGGUCGGCACCGAGGCUGAGGUGGUAAGUGGGGAUCCAGACGCAAUGGAUGUGGAUGUUGCAGCCGACUCCCACCAGCGAGAAGAAACAGGCGAUCUGACCACAGCUGGAACAGAAGCCGCCAAUGCUCAGCACUCAAACUUGAACCCUGCUGAUACCGACGCACAAAGAUCUCCCCGGCCGAGCUCCGCUGAACCCCAAUCCAUCACCCAGUCGCAGCCCGUCCUCAACGCUCCGCCAGACCCUCCCCCCAAGAGCAGGACGGAGUCGCAGAAUAUCCUCUUAGCUUCCGCGAAAACCCAACUUUCUCGACAAUCCCCUCCGGCCACCAAUCGCCACGGCACUAUACUUCCAACAAACAAGCCAACCAUCGCUAGAGCAGCUUCCUUGCCGUCCGAGAGCUCAACACAGUCACUCAAAGCAAGCCGUUUCGUUUCGCUUGAUUAUGCAUCCCAACUUCCCCCUGUGCCAGUACAAAUACUUGCCAGUCGACUGUCAGCCGCACAGGCGGUAACGGGAACAGCUUCCAAGAAUACUCGGCGUCAGGCGAUCCGAUCAGGGCUAUGGAUCGGCCCAGGUAGCUCUGAGAUCACCAAGCUUGGUAUCAAGGCCCAACAUAUUGGAGUCAAAUCUACACUGCGCAAGAGUUCGACGACCAGAAGUAGAUCCCCCCACGAAAAACCUAAAUUCAACAACGUCCUGACCACGGCUGAUUGGAAGACAAUGGUAGACGAGCUACAAAUGACGAGAGCACUUGAGAUGUUGGAAAGAUUGAAAUCCGAGAAAGUAUGGGCGUAUUCUCAAAUUAAAAAACCUCGCAUUGCUCCUGUCCAGAAGGCGCACUGGGAUCAUCUACUAGAUGAAAUGUCAUGGCUGCAGGUGGAUUUUCGGCAGGAGAGACGUUGGAAAAUUGCUACUGCUCAUCGUUUGGCCAAGCAAGUCCUGCAAUGGCAUCAAGCCGACUCCAUUGGCAAACAGCUUUUACAAGUUAAAGUGCAUUCCCCUGGAAAACAGCCAGCUGAAAUCGACAACCUUAGAGAUAAGGCAUCAUCGUCACUUGCACCACCCCACCAAAUUGGCCCCACAAAUACACGGUCGAUUCACCUCACUAGGCUUUCUUCAGAAGUUGGCUCCAGAGAACUUGCCUCACCCUCUCUUUCUACCAAAGCUUCACCUGAAUCAUUCCGAACGACUCAGCCGCCACGGUCACCCAUCCCGACAGACGCAGCACCCAUCCCCGCUGUUGAAAAACUCACCGCAACUACCACCUCCGAAAUCAAUCUCACAUCUCCCCAGGAAUCGCGCAAAGCUUUGCAGCAAAUCAAGCGCUCUCGGAUUCCAAUCUUCGAAAUGACCCCCGAUGAGACCCUGAUUGAUGUGAAGAAAAUUGUACUGGAUGGUAUCCAUGCUAAGCCAACCGGACACACCGUCGAACAUGUUAAGUUACAAAAGCUUUUCGCUGACCUGCCAUUGUUCGGGGAUCUUGAUUCUCGCCCGGACAAACGCCCCGACGAAGCUAGCCCUCAUCUCGGUCGUAUCGCUCGUGUGGCACCUUUCCUGGAAGGCAAACCACUCCUCGUCAGUACUCUCCAGCCUUCAAAAAACUGUCUAGGGAAACAGUGGCGAAAUUUGGGACCAUUAGCUGCCGAUGAUUUACGCGAGUCAGGAGACCAUAAGUCCGAUCCUAGCCACCACCAUAGCUACAUCUUCUCGGGCCGAAAGUCGAAAGAUGUCAAGGAACCGAUCAUCCCUGCUCCUCCCUUAUCUACUGCGUCAAAUUAUGGACGAAGUAGCGAACUCACGUGGGCUUCAUCAGAUGAGGAACUGCUCAAGCAAAUUGCCACAACCUAUGAAUAUAACUGGAGAAUAAUCGCAGACGUGCUUAAUGCUAGUCGCUCUCAGUCGGCAUGCAUCCCCGUGACUUCCCGUGACUGUUAUGACUGCUGGACACGACUUCAGUCACACAAACCCGCAACUCAUGGCCCGUCAACACCACUCUUCAAGUCAAAUUCUGAGUCGAAUCCUCCUGCUGGUGUGGUUCCCGCUCCCACUCUCUCGAACAAUGCCCAACUCCCCUCGACAGAAACAAAUGAACAGAAUUUGACCGAUGACCCACUAUGUGCCAAUCCUUCAAAGCGCCCAGGCCAGGCUUCUUUGUUCCCUAACAAACGCACCGCGCGCGAGGAUGCUCUUCGCGACAUUUCCCGUAAACUCAAAGAGCAGAGGUCUCCAGACCUCCCAAAGCCUGUAUCCCCCGGACACCCACGCCAAGUUAAUCUAAAUGCGCACGAAACGCAUGCUCAGCCGAUCAGGCCUUAUAUGACCCCGCUGGAAAUGUCAGCUCUGAAGGCAGAGCGAGACCGACAAGCCCAAGCGGCUCUAGAAAUGGCCAAAAGGCAGCAGCAGAUGCAUCAAGAAUCUCUUCUUCAUCAAGCUAGGGCUGCUGCUGUGGUCGCGGCUGCUGCACAAAUCCUACCAAGAACUACUGCAAGCAAGGUCGCGACAUCGGUAAACGGCAGCGUGCCAUCUCGAGUGCACUCGCAACCAACAGCUCUGAACUUCAACCAAGGUCGUCAUAAUGGCCUGCCAGGCGUUACCAUACAUAGACAGGUGCCCCAAGUGCCAGCCCGUUAUGCCACCAGUCCACCGCUCAUCAACGUCAGCAAUCGGGGAACAGCAUCACCUGUGCCACAUCCCCCCGCAGCUUCACACCAAGCAAGACAGUCAUUAAUGGAGAACCAAGGACCUUCCGCCGCGCCAACCAGUUCCCAAGCGCCAAUUCUGCCUCAGCUCCCGAACAUGCCGCCAGGAUUCCAGCCGAAGACGCCGAAUUCUCAAUCACCAGCUCCAGGAUCUACCUCCGGUCAUCAUACCCCUAAUGGGACCACACCGACGCCGAACGGGCUACUUAAUAACACAAUCUCCCUCUCUUUGACGCCCAUCCAGGUGGCCCAAUAUCUACAACUACAGCAGCAACAGCAUCUCCAGCAGCAACGAUCCCCCGAGCAUCGGAUACACCACCAACAACAUCAACAAAUUCUGCUUGCUCAGCAUUUUCAGCAGCAAGCUCAACACGCCCAUCAAGCUUCCACUCAAAUCUUUGGGCACCAAUCCCCGACGCUUCUUCACCAGAACGCGCCGAUCCCCAACGGCCAGUCUCAGCUAUCUUCAGGUGCGGCCAGUGCGGCCAACUCGACCCCUCCACUUGCCGCUUCCUCUUCUCCUCUCCCCCACCCACCCGUCUAG